AUGUCGAGAUUGCGAAGACUGUUCCAAGCAUCAAUGGAUGCUACUAAGAGAGCUGUAUCCGGUAGUUUUGAUGAUUUGAUGCCUCCACCUGAAAGAUAUAUAUUCAACUUCAAUUCCAAGAAAGAGUUAACCAAAUGGCAUUUGUAUUCCGAUUCUGAAUUCGGAGGGUUAUCCUCUGCAUCUCUGCAGAUACCUGAAUCGGAAAGUGGUACAACUACUGGGAUUUUCUCUGGGAAUCUUUCUCUUGAGGUUACUCAGGGGGCUAAAUGGAACAUUAGUAGAGGUGGAUUUUGUGGAAUGCGCUCUAAAAAGUUUGAUGGGUUCAUUGACUUGGAUUCAUAUGAUACUAUAGCUAUGAAACUUAAAGGUGAUGGAAGAUGUUAUAUAUCUACUAUCUACACAGAGAAUUGGGUUAAUUCACCUGGACAGAUGGAGGAUAAUUCGUGGCAAUCGUUUAUUUAUGUGCCUAAAGACAACUGGUAUAUUGCAAAGAUUCCUCUAGCUCGAUACCUACCUACUUGGAGAGGGAACGUUAUCGACGCAGAAAUUGAAAUGAAUCCAUCCCGUGUUCUUGGCAUGUCUUUUUCUGUCAAUGCUGAGGGCGGCGUCCCAGGUGCUAGAUCUGGACCAGGUGAUUUCAGACUUGAACUUGAUUGGAUCAAAGCCACGAGAACACAAUGA